AAUGCGUGCCGCGCGGCGGGCGCUUCCUCUCAGAUCGCACCGCCGGCUUUCAAGAUGGCGCCGCAGAAAGACAAGAAGCCUAAGAAGUCAACCUGGAAAUUUAAUUUGGACCUUACUCAUCCAGUAGAAGAUGGAAUUUUUGAUUCUGGGAAUUUUGAACAGUUUCUACGGGAGAAGGUUAAAGUCAAUGGAAAAACUGGAAAUCUUGGGAAUGUUGUUCACAUUGAACGCUUCAAGAAUAAAAUCACAGUUGUUUCUGAAAAACAGUUCUCUAAAAGGUAUUUAAAAUACCUUACCAAGAAAUACCUUAAGAAGAACAAUCUUCGUGAUUGGCUUCGUGUUGUCGCAUCUGACAAGGAGACUUAUGAACUUCGUUAUUUCCAGAUUAGUCAAGAUGAAGAUGGAUCAGAGUCGGAGGACUAGGUGAAGCCUCCCCUUACAGGGCUUUGCUUACUGUUAAAUGAAGAAUAUAUGAGAAAGAAACCUCUAGAAAUGGACUUUGACUUUAUCUUUGAAUAAAAAACAUUAUGCUCAUAAA